UAUUACUGUUGUGUGUACAAACGAAGAAAUCGUUGCCUACGUUCAUCUCGUUGCUGUCGUUAGUUCUUCAGAAAAGGUACGCAGCGUUCGAUAUAUAAAAUCGUACCUCCAACAUCGUGAUGUGGAGAAUAUUGUUAACACUGACGAUAGUUAGAUUUUCUCUAACUGCGGCAGUAAAUUGUGAGUGCGUCCCAUAUUAUCAGUGCAAAGAGGGGCAUAUAAUAUCUAACGGUGGAGGGCUGAUUGACUUUAAGAUGAAAAAAUCGAGCCGUGAGUGUCCGAAUAUCUCGCACGUUUGCUGUAAGCCUCCGCAGACAAAAUCACUUACGAGCAGCAGUUGUGGAAGAAAAAGGGUUAUGUUUGAUUUGAAAUCUUUCACUAACAGAGAAGCUGAGUUCGGUGAAUUCCCAUGGAUGGUGCUCAUACUGACGAAAGAACUCUCCGGUGUGGAUAAUAAUUCACCGAAUUAUUAUACAUGCGGAGGUUCUUUAAUUCAUAAGCGGGCUGUUUUAACUGCUGCUCAUUGUGUAAUAGGAAAAGAACCGGACAAAUUACAAAUUCGCGUAGGAGAAUGGAAUAUCGAGACUAGCACUGAAGAGAUACCUCAUCAGGAUCGCAAUGUGCAAAGUGUGAUAGUUCAUGACAAAUUUUCUUCUGUUACCCUUCGCAACGAUUUUGCCAUUUUGAUUUUGUCUGAGCCAGUAAACCUUGCGGAUCACGUGGAUGUCAUUUGCCUACCAGAACGAAACACUGUAUUUGAUGGUUCGCAAUGCUUCGCUACUGGUUGGGGAAAAGACAUAUUUGGUAAGGAGGGACAAUACCAGGUAAUCUUGAAAAAGAUAGAGUUGCCGGUAGUGCCACGUGAUCGAUGUCAGGAUAGACUUCGAACUACUAGAUUAGGAAAAUACUUUAUUCUUGACGAAAGCUUUAUAUGCGCUGGUGGAGAGGCUAACAAAGAUACUUGCACGGGUGAUGGGGGAAGUCCACUUGUAUGUCCAAGUAAAAACGAUCCUGCAAUAUAUAUGCAAGCAGGUAUUGUAGCAUGGGGAAUUGGUUGCGGUCAGGACAAAAUUCCAAGUGUUUACGCCAACGUUGCACUCGCACGUGAUUGGAUCGAUGAACAAAUGGCAUUUAAUAAUUUGGAUAAUACCGUUUAUCAACCUCCAACAGACUGAUUGGUUUCUUAACUAUUUUAGAACUUUGUACGGAUAGAAAUCAAUGUCGUCUUUCUGCGAAGAGACUGCUGUAUUGCUUAUUAUGUCACUCUUGAAAUAAUAACGUAUAUAAAAUCUAGCUUUCGAACGAUAAUCUU